AUGUUCAAAUAUAUUUUUGGGAAAGGGGUAACUAACCUACAAUCAUCUUCUGUUGUAUCACAGAGAGGUAUAGCCAAUAUACCCCAUUUUGAACGACAUAUCAGAUUUGAUCCAAAGGAAGGGAGAAAACGUCCAGCACAAGAUGUUUUAGACAGGUUCAAACGUUUGAACAAUGGCAUGUGGAUUCAUGCUCACGCUGGAAAGAAUAAACUACGAUACAUGAAGGACGAAACUUGGCAGAAAACGAGUAUGUACAUGGAGACAUGCACGAAGGCGCAAUGCGAAAUGCUGGAUAAGAUGAUGACACCAUUUUGGUUGAGACCGAAGCAUUAUCCUAAUGAUCCCUAUAAGUCAUACCAUGUUCGUCAUGGAAUUUCCUCACCAAGAGUAGACGACAAAGGAAAUUUCCUCAGAGAGAGAAAGAAGGUGUUGUUAGACGAUACUACUUCAGAUAAAUAUUUCAGUGAUAGGUGA